GUUCGAACUCUUCUCUGAAUUUUAACUUUCUGUGUGAACAGAGGGCGACCUGGUCGCCCUCGGAAACAGACACCAGUUUCAGUAGAAGCGCCAUCGAUGGCAACGAAAGAAACUCCAGCAGUUUCACUGCCUCCUGUGCCACCAUUGGGCUCGAGCGAAGAUGCGCCUCUACUGAUUACAGAUGAAGAACAAAGAGAGACAAAGAUAAAUCUGCAUCCAUUAUCAAUGCUAAAUCCACCCCCAAAUCCGGGUCUUUGGAGUGAAUGUUCUUCCAACAUUCAUGAAGAAUCAAAGACCAUAAUCUCUCAUAUUAAGUCUGUUUUGGUGUUCCAACUCACCUCCGGAAGCAUAGAAAAUGUUGAAGACAUGGUUAAGUGCGCCAAUAAUGCCUUCUUCAGCUUGGAUAUUCUUGACGCGGAUUAUACGUCUUUCUACAAGGACGUCAAGAAUUUCAUUGCAUAUCACUUUGAUUUGCUCGCAACAAAGAGUCAGAGAGAGAUGCAAUCUUUUCCAGAGCCGAAGACAAGAUAUGAAGAUGCUAUAAGUUGUGCAAAGGGACAUAAAGAUGAGAUCUUUCGUAUUCAAGACGAUAUGGUGGCGAUUAUGAAAAAGAAGGAAACUUUUGAAAGGCAAAUGGUGGAGGCAAUGGAACUGAUUGGUAGGUUGAAACAAUGUGUGGAUGUUCUUAAACAGAAUGAAGAGGCGCUGAAACAUAAGAAACAAAAAUGCGUCGCAGAUCAUGUGGUUGCAAGCCUUAAGGUGCAAAACCUUCAUACUCAAGUGGAGGCAGCUAAAGAUGUACUUAGGGAAAUUGAACAGCGCGAAAAUCAGCUCUCAAUGGCAUUGAGUCUGCCACUCGUCGCCUGAAGUCCUUACAAUCUUGAUUUAAUCUUUAGAUACAGUGUACGCUCUUUAUCUGUUAGUGUACUUAUGGUGUUUAUCUUGAACUUAUUAGCAUACUGAAAUGUUAAUAUUAGCAGUUCAGUUUUUUGCUUUCUUUAA